AUGACGAGUAGCCUCGAUCCUAAGCAAUGCCAGGCCUCUGCCUCAAGCUUGGAUGGAGGUCCUGCACCGUACACAUCGGACUGGUCGCCGAAUGACCAGAUCCCACCUUACUCUCCCUUCGAGCCCGGUCACCACCAUAGUGGCAUUCCACGAGCUGAAUCAAUAGGAUCAGCACAAACAACCAACUACGUCGUUGAUGCUCCAAAAUUCCCGCGCCUCAAUAUCAUAGUACAGGUUGUUGGCAGCCGCGGUGACGUGCAACCCUUCAUCGCCCUCGGCGUCGCGCUGCAGAAAUGUGGCCACCGCGUACGUAUCGCAACACACAACACCUUUGAAGCGUUCGUGCGAUCCUCCGGGCUCGAAUUCUACCCCGUGGGCGGCGACCCCGAGGACCUCAUGGCGUAUAUGGUGUCCUCGCCGAGGCUGGUGCCGGACCUGGCCACACUACGCGCCGGCGCAAUCGCGAGGAAACGGAAGAUGUACCAGGUGAUGCUCGAGGGGUUCUGGGAGGCAUGUCUGGCGCCGGACUCCGUCACGGGCUGCCCGUUCGUCGCGGAUGCGAUCAUCGCGAACCCCCCGAGCUAUGCCCACGUACACUGUGCCGAAGCGCUCGGGAUCCCGUGCCACCUAGUAUUCACGAUGCCGUGGACCAGUACCGGGGCCUUCGCGCAGCCCUUGGCCGGCUUAUCUGCACAUGAACCGGACGGUGGGGGCAAGAAGGUCAGCACCUUGAGCAGGACGAAUUUCAUGUCUUAUGCAGCUGUCAAUUUCCUUACGUGGCAGGGGCUGGGGGACAUCGUUAACCACUGGAGAAUUCGUACCUUGGACCUCGAGGCAGUGCCUGCAACAGAAGGGCCUCACCUCAUCGAGACUUAUAAGGUUCCGUUCACCUACUGUUGGUCGCCAUCGCUUGUACCAAAGCCCCCGGAUUGGGGCGAGAAUAUAGACGUCUGUGGGUUUUUCUUUCGCGAACCCCCCGAGUACAAUGCGCCUCCCGAUCUAGAGAAAUUUCUCAGCUCGGGUCCUGGGCCGGUCUACAUCGGGUUCGGCAGCAUCGUAGUCGGCGAUCCUGCCGGCUUGAUGGCAAUGGUUCUCAGCGCCGUGAAAAGUCUGGGUAUACGAGCCAUUAUCUCGCGCGGUUGGAGCAACCUCGCCGGCGAGGAGUCCGAGGACGUCUUCUUCGUGGGCGACUGUCCGCAUGAGUGGCUCUUCCAGCGCGUAGCUGCAGUCGUGCACCACGGCGGCGCAGGCACAACCGCUUGUGGGCUGAGGUACGGGCGCCCGACGGCAAUAGUGCCCUUUUUUGGAGAUCAACCCUUUUGGGGAGAGGUUAUCCAUCGCGCCGGAGCAGGUCCAUCACCUCUGCCAUACAGAUCGAUCACAUCACAAAAGUUAGCACAGGCCAUACGUUUCUGUCUGUCGUCAGAUGCCCAAGAGGCUGCAGCGGCGAUUGCAUGCAAGAUGGCCGCAGAGGACGGCAUUAACUCUGCAGUGGACUCCUUCCACAGAAAUCUCCCUCGCAAUCGGAUGUUUUGCGAUUUCUUUCCCGAGCAGACCGCAGUCUGGGCUUUCAAAAGUGGGAAGAAAGAGAUCAAGAUGUGUCGCGAAGUACCUGUCGUGUUACGCAACCACGGGCAAGACUUGAAGCAUCUAAGAUUACUCAAAACCGGUGAUAUCAACAUAGACUAUCGGCGUUGGGAUCCCAUAACGGCGGUGUCAGCUGCAUCGCUAGCUACGAUAGUGGGCGUGGCCGACGCUGCCGCCGACAUCAUUCGCAAGCCGAUCGAGGAAUAUCAUAGGCAUAAUCCUCGGGACGUCGGAAAGGCAAUGCAAUCUGAUGGAGUCGUUCCGGCUAGAAAGUCGCUGGAUAACCAGGAUCAAGCGAAACGAUCCGCUGCUGCUGCGAUGAUAAGUGCUUCGGCGCACGGCGCCGGCAAAGUGGUGGUCCGAACGACUCGCGGUGUGUUGGUAGACAUCCCAUUAGCAGCCACCGAGGGAUUGCGUGCAGUACCGCAGCUCUGGGGCGAACAGGUAGAGCGACAUGAACAUAUCGAGGGCUUUCGUAGCGGUGUAGGCGUUGCCGGCCGCUCAUUUGUAAGUGGUAUCUCGGGAGCUGUUAAAGGAAUAUUUGAACGCACCUACCAUUUGAAGAAAGAGGGCGGCGCAAUGGGAGCAGUCAAGGGGCUUAGCCAGGGAGCUGUAGGGCUGGCGACAAAGAGCAGCUCUGCUGUCGUCGGCUUGGCCACCUAUCCAGCUCAGGGCGUAUCGAAGAGCAUUCGGGCACGAGCCAGGGCAGAGACCCAGCGAAGAAUCACACAAGCCCGGUGGCGAGAAGGUGAAUGGCUGGUAGAGAGCGGCAAAUGGAAGCUUGAUGAGACAAGCAUUGUACAGGACUUUCAGGGACUCAAGGGCAAGCGUGUCUGA